GCAAGGACUAGCAGGGACGUCGGCGAGCGGCGAGAAGGUCGAGGGGAACAACCGCGCGAGCGUCGCCGCGACCAAUCCGCACACUUGGCGUUUCUCGGUCGCAGCGUGCGGAUCCCGCGACUGCUCGUUAACCACCACUUGCCGCUAUUUCCCGCGAUCGCGUUCAAUUUCCGAUUACACGCCGAGUUUAUUCGCACCCGUCCGUCGACUGCCCCCCCCGAACACUAGCCAUGUCAGUGAUCUACAGGAAUUCGAUGAACGCCAUCGGCAAGUUCGUGCCCGAGAGCAUCCAGCCUCUGUGGAAACAUCCAGCUGGUCCACAGACCAUCUUCUUCUGGGCACCGGCCUUCAAAUGGGGUCUCGUAAUCGCCGGCCUCGGUGACUUGCAGAGGCCAGCGAACAAAAUCUCCGUCAGCCAAUCUUGUGCCUUAGGCAUCACGGGAUUGAUCUGGACCAGAUACUCCUUAGCCAUCACGCCGAAGAACUGGAGUCUCUUUAGCGUGAACCUUUUUGUUGCGUUUACGGCCAUAUACCAAAUAACGAGAGCCAUGAGGUAUCAGCGUCAGGAAGCAGCUUUGGAGGCAGCGAAGACGAGCCCAUCAGCAGCUCACUGACGAUAAAUAUAUAUAGAUAUAGAUAUAGAUAUACAUUCCUAGGAAAAAUGAAUAUUGGCGCUGCGACGUUAUCGCGUCGCUUGAUUUAAAUAAUAAUCUUCGUUACUUCGCGUUUAAAAUGUUAUUAUUUAGGGACGAGCAGUCUAGUGAUGUUUAAAGUAUCUGACCAAUAUGUCUUAAUGAUGAACAAGAAAAGUAGAUUGGUGAUGUAUAUAUAAAAUAUACGUAUUAAGUUACAUUACUGGCUCAAACUUUCAAAAUCAUAAAGAUAUUGUAUAAUUCGAUUUAUUCGCGAUCGAGUUUCUAGCACGUAGUUUUUAAUGAAACAAAUUAACAUUGUCUCAUUGAACUCCAAAAAGGAUAUCUGAUUAACGAUUUUAUAAUGUCUUCGCAGUACCUAUUAGAUCCGUUACAAUAUUCCAUACACUGAGAAAAAGUCAAUUAAGUUGAUAAAUUUAAUCAAAUUAACAACUUUUCUUAGUGUAUAGAAUUUGUCGAAAGGAACGUAAUAAAUUAUACGUGAAGUCAAUUGACUUGGUGCCAAAACUGUGAUAUGUAUGACGUAAUUCAAUUCGGAUACUAUGCGGUCAAUAUUGUACACUGUGGGUGGAUAAAAAAUACUACUAGAAGGUUCACAGGUUCCAUACAGAGUCUUGACCGAGAAGAGUCAGGUGACAACAUGAUUGUACUAUGUAUUUGUCUGUUACGAACUACGUAUGUUCUACCUCGAGAUACUCACGGUGCGUCAGCAUGACAUAUCAACGUUGCGCGGCGCUUCGAAGAGAAGCGGAUAUAUAAAGUGUUAUAUGUAUCAUAACAUUUUAGUUAAUAUUGUUGUAACGGCGUCGCUUCGAGUUGAAAUAAAACUGCAGAUAUUUUUAAUGUUA